AUGUUAGUAUAUCAACAAAAAGUUGGAAAAUAAUCACGCAAAAAAUUAUUCUUUCGUGGUUUUCGGCCGAUGGUAGAUAAAAAUAACUGCUUAGCGAUUCGUAACAAAAUUGAAUAUAUUCCUCAAAGUUAUAAUACCACAACAGCAGCUUUUCAUUCUACAGCACAAGAAGUGGAUCCAUUUCUGGAAAAAAUGAAUGAAGCAGCAUUGGCUAGUAUGAUCUACAAUGAUCCCAUAGGCAUUUAUGAACAGCCUAGACCACGUUUCAUAUUCAAAAUGCCGCGUGUGGUGCCUGAUCAAAAAGCGAAAUUUGAGAGCGAUGAAUUGUUCCGACGUUUAAGCCGUGAAAGUGAAAUUCGCUACACUGGGUAUCGUGAGCGUGCCCAAGAAGAACGACAAAUGCGAUUUCACAACGGAUGUCGUGAGGGCCAUACAGAGAUAUCUUUUGUGACAUCGGGUACUAACCUACAAUUGGUUUUCAAUGCCACUCAAAAUCCAUACUUACAUGACAAGGAGUGCGAUUUUGAUAAAGAGCAUGGCAAGGUGUAUAUAAAGUCCUACUUUAUAAUGAAUGGAGUUUGCGUACGUUUUCGUGGUUGGCUAGAUCUAGAACGUUUAGAUGGUUCCGGUUGUCUGGAGUUCGAUGAACGACGUGCUUUGCACGAAGAUCAGAUAUUACGAGAGCAAAUUGAACGAUACAAUCUGAGAUUGCGCGAAUUUGAAGAUUCCAAACGUGCAUAUCGCGACAGCCGACCAGAGGUUGACAUGGAAGCUGUAAGGCGUGGUGUACCCACAGGAGGAAUUGGUGUAGGAGCCAGUAUGUGGCGACGUUAAAUAAGCCUUCAUAUUACGCAUUUUGAGUGUUCGAGAAUUUCCUUACUCAUUAAUGAAAAUUAUCAUUUCAAUAUUAUCUUCUUCAUGGCAGCUUAAAAUUAAUUUAAGGAUUUAGUAAAUAAGUGAAAAUUGUAUUAUACUGUAUUCUCAUUUUGCAUCCAUAUGUGUAUUAUUAAUUAAAUUUUCAUCUGACAAAAAAGUA